AGGAGGAACGCAACAGAAAACCAGUCCAGAGCCAGAAAUCCACCAACCGGAGAAGAGAAUCUCUCCCUCCCCUCGCGCUCCAGCGCCCGCGUCGUCGUCCCCCUCCUCGUCCCCUUCCCCGCUCCAGCGGAUUCGAAUCCGCUCGGGGCCGGCCGGAUCCCGCUCGCCCCAUGGCGGAGGGCUUCGGGCGCUGGGAGUCGGAUCCGCUCUUCCCCGCGGCCGAGUGCGUGCAGGACUCCGCCGACAGGAUGGACGGUGUCUACCGCUUGCUUUUGCAUGAAAAGAAAGUUAUACAAGAUGACACUUCAGAUGCAAAACUUCAUGCACCGAUACAGUAUGAGAGAGAUGUGGCUACUGCUCUCGGAACUACCAAGUGGCAGUUAGAGCAAUUUGAGAGGGAGGUGAAUGCAGCUGCAUUCUCUGAUAAGUCAACUUCAAGGGAAAAUGCAAUCUUAAAGUUCAGGCAAUUCAUUAGAGCUAUAGCUGAGCAAAUUUCUGAGGUGGAAGAAAGCUUGAAGACUCUUAGGACAGAUUUCAGUAGAACUCCGAAAUCUCCAUACUCCUCAAGUGAACAGGAUGGAGAUGGGCUGGCAUCUUUCCUUUCUGGUGGCAACAGUCAUAGUCAUGCAUACUACUCCACUGAUACAAAUGAAAUUACUGAACUUAAGCUCGACAGUGCACCUAUGGUAAAUGGUUAUCAUUCUGCCCAAGAACAUACAACACGUGAACUCAGAUAUUCAGGAAAUGAUGUGGAAGGGGCAUCAAAAUUGCAAUGUUCACGUGGAGAAAGUGCAUCCGAAGGAGAUCAUUACGGUAGCACUUUGUGUAGUUUGGAUGCUGAUGAUUCGUUAGGUACAAGCCAUCAUUACAAGAACAAACUGAGCAGUCAGUACCGCAGUUUUAUGAGAAACUUAUGGUUUACGAAUAGAGACCAUCAGAGCUUUACAAAGAGGAGGAAAGAUGGAGAAGUUGUUGAUGGCUUGAGAAAUGGAAAUAUAUUACCUCCCUUCAACCUACGUACAUCAGGAAGGACUACGUAUUGCUGGCCUGAACUUAUCAAGAGAACAUUAAGUAGAUCUGAAUAUUCUACACGCUACAAUCACCCUCAACUUUUUGUAGCAACAUCACUACUAGUUGCACUUGCUGUCCUUGGCUUGCUGGUUUUGCAUGUCAAGUGAGGUGAAUGCUGCGACAUGUAUCUAAUUUUGGUCCCUGUGUAUGUAACAAUCACUGCGCUCGGAGUACCCUCAUGUAUGUAUGUAUCAGCCGCUGCGUUGCAUCGCACAAAGCAGUCUGUCUGAUGGACGGUUCCCUGUGAAGAAGGAUCCAUGGGCUUCUGAUCGCCAGACGAUGCAGACAGAGGUUUGCCUACGUUUUUGCGCAGUUGAUAACUGUGGUUGGCUCCUCGGUGGCGCGACCCAGCACCGGAGGAGGCUGUGAUACUCCCGCUAAUUGUCAUUUUCUGGGUCCAAAACCACUGUACCAUGCUGAUGCCAUUGUGCUAAUCAACGAUUGCCAGAUCGGUGAGAUGAACAGUUACUGCAGAUUUUGAUUGAUUGUGGCAACCUCAAUGUUAAUAUAUUUCUCGCGAAAUGAAAAGUCCACUUGAACCGAGCUGAUUCAUUGUACCAUAUGCUGAGUUGUAAACUGCCUGUCUCUACCUGGUGAUUGAAUAAAAUAAAUCUGCUUUGCUCAUGGUGCCCAA